UCUACAUUCAUUCACAAAAUUCUUAUGCCUAAAAUUUUGCUUGAUCAAGAUGAAAAGCCUAGUUUAAUGACAAUAAACCAAGUCUAUGCUAAUAACUAUAAUAAUUGGCGUGAAAAGGAAGAACAUACUAAACUUAAAGCAAGAUAUGGUGAUAUUAAUAUUGAAGAUGAUGAUAGUGAUAAUCCAGAUGGUUUAUCAGAUUCUUCCUCUGCCACUGAAAGUGAAUUGGAAAAUGAAGAUUUUAAAUCAACCCUUGAAAAUGAAUUGUCCCACACAUUAAAAUUGCUGCAAAGCAAGGAUCCUAAGAUAUAUGACAAAAAUUUUCAAUGCUUCAAAGAUAGCAAAAAAUAUAAAAUUGAAAAUAAUGAUAACCAAAUUGAUGGAGGAACAUGCAACAAAAAAGGGAGAAAAAAUAGGCAAAUGACUCUUAAAGAUUAUGAGAGACAUAUAAUACUUAAUAAAAAAGGCGUUUUCAGUGACGAUGAUACAUUUGAUAAUAAAAGAAAUAUAGACGACAAAUUAUCAUACGUUCAGCAACAAGAUAAGAUUAAACAAAACUUUAAUAAAAUUUUGGGCUCAACCCAGGAUAAUGAAAAUAGUGACGAGGAUUUGUUCAGCAUUAAAAAAAAGGCUAAAAUAUCUACUACCGAUCCUGUCAAAAUGGAUGGAAGCGACGAAUCAGAUUUAGACACGUCAUCAUUACCUCUCAAACGAAUUUUCGAGACAUAUAACCACCAAACAGGGGAAACCGAACUUACAUCUGAUAAAUACGAUGACAGCAAUUCCAGAAUACCCGUAAAUAUGGAAAGUGAAUCAGAAGAAGAAUCUGAUCAAUUCUUAUAUUCACAAAAUCUUCAAGAAGUUCAAGAUAAAGUCAUGUCUCCAAAAAUCAAACAACCCUGCAAAUACAGGUUCGAAGAAAUGAGCCAAGAAGGAAAAACGUUACGUUCUUACCCGCGUAUUUUACCGGCUCAAGUCAGCGAUCAACUCAUGAGACUUAAAACGGGAGACAAAAGAGAAAAACGAAAGACCAAAAGGCUAGCCAAGUUAGAAAAGAAGAGGGUCGAAAAGCUGAAGGCGAUGGAAGAUGUUAAAAGGCUCAGAGGUCUUCAGCUCAAAGAAAUUCGUAAAAAAUUGGACAAGCUCGAAAAAGUUGCCGGAAUAAAGGGUCUUGAUUCGGUGCUAACCCUCGAGGAUAUAGAUAAAGAUUACGAUCCUAAAAAAUUUGACCGUAUGAUUGCCAAAAUGUUUGACGAUCAAUAUUACGAAAAAAAUGUCGACCCAACUAAACCCGUGUUCGACGAUACCGACGAAGAGUUGGAACAGAUAAAAAGUAAGUACAAUGAACAUCAAGGUACAAGUAAAAAGAUCAAAAUGGGUAAAUUAGAUGAAAAUACCCAAAACGAAUUCAAAGAUUUGAAACGAAAUUUGGACGAUUAUUCAAAGUUACAAUUUGAAGGUAUCGUUGCUGGUAUACCUACGCGAUUUAAAUAUCGGCAAGUAGUGCCCAACCAAUUUGGGUUAACGUUAGAUGAAAUAUUUUGCGCUAACGAUAAGGAGUUAAAUAAAUGGGUCAGUUUGAAAAAAAUGUUUCAAUACCGAACUGAUCAAGAGGAGAAAUUCGAUUUGCACGCAUAUAAAGUUAAAGGGCAACAAUUGUAUAAAAAAAGAAAAAUUCUGAAUAGUUUAUUCGAAAUGGACGAAAAUAAAAUUGAGAGCGAACCUAACGAUUUGGAAACGGUUCCUGAUCUCCUCGAGAAACAAGGAGCCAUUACCAUCAAGUCACAAAUAGCAACUACUAAGCCUAAAAAUAUAACAAAAUCUACCGAAAAAAGGGAUGAAAUCAAAUCCAUUCUUAUACCCUCGAAAAUUUCUGACGAAAAAUUAUCAAGCUUCAAUAAUAAUAAUAAUAAACUAAAGGCAAAUCAAAGAACAAAUCCAAAGUAGAUCUCAAAAAUCUCACUUUACCCUCUGACCAGAGAUUAUUAUCCUAUGGUAUAAACCCUAAAAAAUUUAAGAAGACACAAAAAUUUAAAACAAAAAUGAUGCCAACAUAGCAAACCUGUUCUUUUAAAAAAAUAAUUGAUGGUAAAAUGUAAAGAAUAAAAAUUCGUAAGAAGAAAUUUUAUGGAUCUUUUAUAUGAUUCAAAAUUUUGUGGUGUUACUUGA